UUGUUAUUUACCGGUACAACCUAUCUACAGAUAGGAGAAGGGUCGUGUACUUGUUUGCACGACGGCACGCGAGAGCAUGCGCAAUGCGCACGAAAAUAUUGUGACAGCAGUGAGCCAAUUUUGCUACCCUCGCCGUUCGCAUGAUAACGUGAAGGCGUGAGGCUGAAAAGUGUGCAGAUUCAAAUUCGUCUAUCCCUGUUCGUUUACCGGUGGUGAUGCGUUGUAUCCAUUCUUUGUUUUCGACAACGAACCAAGUGGACGUAGGUACUUCCAAACCAGUUUCAAACAGAAAUUGAUGGAAUCUUAAUCGCGAGGGUUUGUGGUGAUAUAGCAACAAAGAUUUGAACAGUGAUGUGCUUUCGUCAGUUCUAUUCAAAGUUCCAGUUCAAGUGUUGGCACCCGGAUGACGAUGAGAACGUUGAGUUGAUGCAUCAGAUAUCGAUCAACGAUCAUCACCAUGUAGCACAUGGCGAUCAGUCGUUGGCUGGUCCUUCGAUCGGCAGUAUAAUAAACCAACAUAGCGCCAGCGAGGGCCAUAGGAAUCGAUUGAAAUUGACCUACAAUACUCAGCUCCCUUCGGAGCAUACCUAUUUGGGAAAACUUGAACGCGUGGAAGCAUUGGAAAGGCUUGAGCCAGGAUCGAUCCAUCGCAUUCCGGUCAGCGGCCAUCAGUCGAUCGUAUAUCCGGGCGAGACUAUACCGUUGAUUCUGACCAAUCCACUGCUCGAGUUCGAUGGCAGUGAUAGUAACCGUAUCGGAUUGGUCUUCUGGGAGUUUCCUCACAAGAAACGUAUCUUCGGGGUCAUCUGUGAAGUGUACGAGAAGGUCGUACGGGAUUCGAUCAUGGUACUCAAGACCAAAGCCCAACAACGGUUCGAGCUGGUCCCCCAAGAAGAUGGAGCUCUAACCAGAUCGGUUCAACGUGAAGGCCGGGCCCACUAUUAUGCACAAGUGAAGAUUCUACCGGAAGUGUUACUGCCUGACCCGCUGACCAACUACUGUAUGAACAAUACAGCCAAGACCAACAACCUGGCAAGGAAUCGUUUGAUGGCGGCCCAGUCCAGCGUGUGGCCUAAGUUUGUCUACGAUCAGUACUGUUCGCAUGAAGUGUUGAACAAAAUGAAGCGAUUCCUGGAAUUUCUACAAAUCGAGUCUGUUCCUACGGCCGAUCCUGUAAUGUUAUCGUUCUGGUUGGCGAAGAACUUCCCCCUCAGUGAUACCGAUCGGAAGGAGCUAUUCUACACGAAUUCAGUCCUGACUCGGAUGCUGCUGGUCAACAGCUUUCUCGAUUACACGUGCUCCUGCUGUUGCAAAAAGUGCAAUCGCCGGAUUGCCAACUACGCCGACAUGUUUGCCAUGUCCAAGCAUGGCGUGAGCGGUAGCUACUGUAAUCCAUCCGGGUUCGUACAUGAGACGUUGACCGUCUACCGAGUGAUACCACAGUCGACCCGGACCACGACCAAACCGUCGACCGAUUUCAGCUGGUUCCCUGGAUACUCGUGGCAGAUUGCGGUAUGCAACGCGUGCAGUAACCACAUCGGGUGGAAAUUUGUCGCAACCAAACGGGGCUACAAACCAAAGAAAUUCUACGGCCUCUGCGCGGAAACAAUCAGCGUGUCGUCCGACAGCAGGUCGCCACCAUUCCGGACCAAUCCCAAGUCCAUAACCGACAUGGUGUAGAAUCUAGAAUGUGACUUCGAUUUGAUCUUUCUUUGACUGAGGUAAAGCAAGCAAAGAGGAGGAACAACGACGACAGACGGACGGACAGAAUCGAGAACUGAACGAGAGAACCGAUAGACUGCAUUACAACAGAGAUUUUUCCUCCCACUGACACUGGGGCUUAGUUGCAUUCUUCACAACUAUCUAUUAUUGAAUACCCACUUAUGUACAACUGUUUGUGUGCUGUGUAUUAGAAGAAUUGAUAAAUAUGAUAAAUAUAAAUAAAUGCUUUUGACGCUAAUCAA